CAAGCAAUAGAAGUUUGUGAAGUAUGGCUGCUUAUGAGAAUCUGAAUCCAUUCCUCUUUGGGGACUCUGAUUCUUCAGCCAUAAACAGUGGAUCAGCCAGCCUGAAUCCAUUUCUUGACUUUGGUGAAGAAAGGAGUGAUUUAAGGUGUGAUGGUGGUGGCUCAGCUGAAGGUGGGAAUGGAAUUAAUCCUUUCUUGAUGGAUAUUGCAGUCCCUAAGGAUCUUGCAGAUGGAAAUCUGGAUGUGAAUCUCAUUGAGACAGAUGUACACAGUUCACUGGGUAAGGAUGCAUUUCAACCAACCUUUGACAUCCAUUCUCCACCUGAUGUCAGGGUUGAAGCUUCACAUGAAGCCAGGCAAUUGGUUCAAAGUAUUACAGGGCACUUGGAGUCAACUGCAGAUACCUUGCUGGACAGAAUGCAGGCUGCAAAGACUCCCACUCCAUCUCAUGAUGAAGCUGCUGAAGACAGUCCUGCUGCAAGUCCUGAACCACCUGAAUUGGAUCAGCAGAGCGGUGUAAUGGAUCUUUUGGGUGAUUCAAGUGAGAUGAUGUUGCAAUCUCAGCCCUUCACAAGCAUUCCAUCAGCUCAUGAGCCUCAUAAAAUGUCUCUAUUGGAUGACUCUCCCAUCAAUCAUGUCCCAGUGGCCCCACCAGAGUCUCCUGUUUCUGAUGGCACUCGCAGUGCUUUUUCUUCAACAGUAGCACAUGAGACUGUGGAUGAGCAAUCAUAUUCACCAACUACUCAAGAAAUCAAAACUCAUUACAGUAUGGUGAAAGAAGCAGAUUUUGGAAUGUCCCAUGCUGGCUUUACAGCAGAUGUUCCUAUGUAUCAGUCUGAAGCAUUGAAUCCAUUCCUUGCAGACCUUACACCAGAGGUAGAUCUCUUGGGGCAAAGCAGUCAUUCCAUGCCUGAGCCAGUUCAACACUUUCAAAACAUAAUGGAUGAUUUCAUGAUGUCUGAUGAGCCAGUUGUGGUACAUGAGAAGCCACCUCGCCCUAGCGUUCCACCUCCAAGGCCUGUGCCACCUCGACCAACCCAUCCACCUCGGAAAGACAUUCCAUCUCCAUCAGCACCACCACAAAAAGACAUUCCAUCUCCAUCAGCACCACCACGAAGAGACAUUCCUUCACCUACAGUGUCAUCCUGGAAAGAGAUAAUCUCACCUGAAAAGGUGGAGCAAGCACCAGCUACUGAUUUCAUUUCUUAUCAUCCCCCAGAACUCAUUCAUUCGAUUCCAGUUCUAAAGGCUCUGUCAUCACCUCAGUCAUGUGCUACAAUUAAGGGAAUGAUGCACAAGGAUGAACCUGACUUUGAUGCAUUUGCUGCUCGCUUUGAGAGUGCAGCCGCUGCAGAAGGCAAGGAGUUAGAGGUGGCAACUGGAGAUCCUUUUGACCCUUUUGGAGCACCAGGAGGGGGGAGCAUGGGAAAUUUUGAUGACACCUCUCAGGGCUUUGGCUUUGAGAGUGAAUCAUUUGACCCAUUUUUGGUUAUACCUGAGCCUCCACCUGUCCCCAAAGGAACUCCUGCUCACACUGGGUUUGAGAAUGGUUUCUCAACUGUUGCUUUCACCUGGGAUCAGCUUCAACAGGAUGCAGCCCUACAGAAUCUCAACCUUGAACACAAGGAUGAGUUUUCCCUGAACUUGAACCUUGCUGUAAAUACUCAUAGCAGUGCUGCAAACCCAUUCCUUGAAAUGACAGAAACAGCUAUGCCUUCAACAGACUUUGCAAAACAAGAACCAUAUGUGCCACGUGCACCUCAGAGAACAGAUUCAGGGGAAACACCAUCAACACCUCUCUUUGAAGAGGAUCAAACAGAGCCUCUUGAAGCUUAUCCUCGAACAGUUUGGAAGGAACCUGAGCCUCCAUGCUGGGAAAUGUAUCUCAGGCAGCCCAAUAAGAAAAAGAUUGCUUCUCAGCGUUUCUGGAAGAAGAUUUAUGUUCGCCAGGCAGAGAAUGGAACUAUCCAGCUCUUUAAUUCCAAAGAAGACAAGGAUCCCUUUCAAGAGCUUCCAUUGCAGCCUUGUUAUGCAGUAUCUGAUAUUGGUGCUCAGCAGUUUGACCAGUUUGGGAAGAUAUUCACUGUCAAACUGCAGUAUGUUUUUUACAAAGAGAGGCCUGGAGUAAGGCCAGGACAGGUCAGUAAGGCAGAGAGGCUGACAUCAAGGCUGUCACAGUUUGCAUCAUAUGCAAUAGCAGGGGACUUGGCAGGAGUCAAAGAAUUUGGCUCUGAUCUGAAGAAACUUGGUAUACCCAUUGAACAUGCUCCCCAGGUGUCUGAAUUACUCAAGCUUGGUUCUCGCAGUCAUGAGGACCUGAAAGUGUUCUCAUCUCUUCUAGAAGAACAUUUAUUCAAGCUGCCUCUGCAUCGUGAUAGGAGUCUCACUUACAAGACUGAGGAGGUCCAGAUUACAGCUCUGGAUGAAAUCUAUGUGGAACAAAAUUAUCUUGGUCAUGUGGGCAUUAUGGUGGCUAGGGUUCGCCUCUUCUUCCUGGCAUUUCUUUCUGGGAUGCCAGAAGUGGAGUUGGGAGUUAAUGACAAUGUCCGACAGGGUAAAGAAGUUGUUGGCAGGCACGACAUUAUUCCUGUCAUUACUGAAGAAUGGAUUCGGCUUGAAGAUGUGGAGUUUCACACAUGUGUUCAACAGGAUCACUACCAGCAUAGCAAAACCAUCAAAUUUGUGCCUCCUGAUGCAUGCUACAUCGAAUUGAUGAGACUUCGUAUUAGACCUCCAAGAAAUCGUGAGCUCCCACUUCAAUUGAAGACAGUCUUCAAUAUCACUGGACGAAAGGUUGAGAUACGUGCAGACAUUCUUGUGCCUGGCUCUUGUGGAAAAAUGGGCAUGGUUCCAUGUGAAGAUAUUCAAGUGCGACUUCCCUUGCCUGAGCAAUGGAUAUAUUUAUUCCGUGUGGAAAAGCACUUCCGUUAUGGAUCUGUCAAGUCUGCUCAUCGGAGAAUGGGGAAGGUGAAGGGAUUGGAGCGAUUCCUUGGUGCUGUUGAUACUCUGGAUCAAGCCAUGAUGGAAACAAGCUCUGGACAAGCCAAGUAUGAGCACCAACAUCGUGCAAUUGUGUGGCGCAUCCCUCGCCUGCCCAAAGAGGGACAAGGUGCAUAUACAUCUCAUACGUUCGUGUGCCGCUUAUGCCUCACAGCAUAUGACCAAAUCCCAGACACUUUUGAUAAGUACUGCGUGGUGGAGUUCACGAUGCCUGCAACAACAGUAUCCCACUUCAUCGUUCGCUCUGUUUCAGUGAAUUGUCCCUCGCCUCCAGAGAAGUAUGUUCGCUAUCUUGCCCGGCAUGAGUACAAGACAGAGAUUGAAUUCACUCAGGGUUCAGAAGUGCAUGAAUACAUAGCAGCUACAGCUGUUGAAACUUCUGCUGCUCCUCAGCUGCAGAACAAUGGGGAAAUGGAGGCCAAAUCAGGCUCAGGUUCUGACUCUGACUGAGCACUCAGGUUGUCAUAGAAUCAAGGCAAUUCUUCUCAAUCAUGUGGCAGCUGCACACUUUAGGUUCUCUAGGAAGUCUGCAGAUAGUUACCUAAGUUCCAGGUGUUCUGUAAAAAUGGGAAAGUGUGGGCAUGCUGGAUGUUUGCCAUAGAAAAUGUUCAUCUUCCGUUGCAAAUUGAAAGCAUUGAUAUAUGUUCAAGUUUUCUUGGGGAAUUCAUUGCUAUGUUCUGAAGAGGAGUGUUUGUAUUUUUUGUCAUAAAUUCAUAAUGUUGUGGAGUUUGUAGUCUGAGUGAAAAAGGCAAUUGGGCUGCUUCUGAAGCAAGCUGAGACUCUGCAGUUCGUUAGCUAGGCUACUCAGCUAACUUAACAAGCAUGUACCUGAAGUGGGUGCCAUACUCACUUCACUGCAACUAGUCUUGAGCUUGUGAUGCCACAGAGAUCAAAUUGUACAUUCCAAUCCGGUCAGCUUCUUAUACUUCCCAGCAGUUAUGUUGAUUUCAUGAGUACAAUAUAUUGCAUUUCCCUGCUCUUGUGUGGCUUCUUGAAACUUGCACAAACAUUUCCUAAUGUCAUUCUUGUUCCCUGAUACUGUGAACUGUAGUAAUUACUAAAAUUGUUCCAGCCUGUGGUAUUCUUAUCUAAUGGGACAUUGUGAUAUUAAUUUGGAAGUCCCUGCUUGUCAAAUGUGGGAACUUAUUCGCCAAGCAGGCUUUUCCAAGAAGUGCUUGCUGGUAGAAAAAUGCUUUUCUCUGCAUAUAGUUCUCUAUGGUAGGUGACGUUAUAAUCUCCUGUGGAAUUUUGUGAGUUGCCUUCACCUCCUGACCUAUCAUCGUGCCAUAUCAAUGUCAUUAAUUGUAUUAUCCUCUGCUAAGCUUGCAUUUAUGUUCCAUGACAUAGGCCUACUCUGAAUCUCCUGAGAAGAGACCUUAGGUGCUGUUUUUGCCCAAUGUGAUUAUCAGUGGGAAUAUUUUGAGUUUGCUCAUUAUCAAUGCUCUCAAUCAUUCGGCACAGCAAUAUAUGCCAAAGAUCUAGUCAAAUCAGAACAAGAGUAUUCCAGACACUGAUGUCAUUCCACAUUCAAUGUUUCCCCAUGUUGUCCCCACUUGUUCUCUCCUGUCGUUGAAACGUUAUGAAACUUGUUCAUUUCCAAGUUUAUAAUUAUUUUUCUUUUCCUACUUACCCUGGUGAAUGUUCUCAUGUGGAUGUUGGCCUCACUGUCUGUGCAGUAUAUGGUAGGAAUAAAGUUGCAAGUUGAAGGGAAGC